CCAAAGGAUUGGCUGUGAGAAAAAAACGGGGUUUGCAUCCAAUCUUCUAUAACCGAAACGGGAUUUAUAUGAACAUAACAAACAAAUAAAUCCUUUCUUCUUUGUGUUCAUAUUGUUGAUGAUGGAGUCGGCGGAAACAGGAGAAUGCCUGUGGAUGGUGACAGACGACUACAUCUUUGGCAUCCGCGUUGACAAGUUAGAAAAAUUGGGGAUGAAUGAGGAUAGGGAUUGGAAAUCCCAUCUUGAGAAGGCUCCGAUUGAUUUCCUUUUGGAUCUUCCAGAGUCCAGCCCGUUGCCUAACUACUUUAUCUUCGACUCGAAACUUUUCUUAGUCGGUAAGCAAACCGAUUCUGGCACCAAGAUCUACCACAUCUCCUAUGUCGGCGGCGACACGUUGGACAUAUCUGAGGCAGUAGCGACGGGCGCAAUCCCUCCGCUACCGAUCGGCUUCUUCACUUUCCUUGCAAACAUUAAAGAUGACGUUUAUUUGUUGGAGCAUGGUGCGGAACCAGGGGAAGCAAGAAAGACGGGGUUAUGGGUUUUAAGUCCCCGUCUCGGUUCCCCGAACUGGCAUUCCAUGCCUGCUCCUCCAACCGAAGUCGAGUCUCAUAAUGAUUUGCCUUAUGGUUUCGUGCUGAAUGACAAGCUCCUCCUGCAUCCUUGGACCGGACCAGGAGUUGCCUUUGUCUACGACCCCGAACCUAAAAAUUGGAUUAAACUGGAGGAUGCACUUUCUCUUCCUUCUUAUAUUGUUUUCUUGGGUGUGUCGUCCCUUGGGGAUGUAGACGAUCGCAGUGUGGUGCUGACAUGGAACCUGGAGGCUCUUUACGGACAUGGUGUGAAAUAUGACAUACACGCUUUGCUGGUGGAUAAUCAAUAUUGUAUUCUUCGCGAUCAACGCCUUGAUGAGUUGAAUGAGGCGAUCCAACCAUCCUACUUUGAUGAUGGGUGCUCAAAUCUCAACGUGGUUGACCUUGGCAACAGCAAAGUAUGCGUUAUGAUCGUUGGUCUCGCAGAACGCAUUCCAUCCCUUUGCAUUGUAGUAGUUGAAUUAGGGUUGGUACAAGAGGAGCAGCAGCAAAGGUUCUUAUCUCUGCGUGUACUCGUCAAUCGAGUCUUCAAUAUGAGGCCUUAUUUCUUAGAGGACAUCGGUGUUCAAGUGCUCUGCACCUCCUUUCUUUUCUCGCUCAGCAAGGGAACGUCGGACAUAGACAGGGAUUCCUUGAAGGAUCAUAUAGGUGAGGAAGUUCCCACCCUGACUUCGGCAUCUCUGGAGGCCUUUUCCAGGAAGAGGUCAUCCGGGAAGGACGGCCCUUCGACAGAAGGUGAUAAUGUGGUCAAGGUUGCUCAAUCUAAGGAGAUUAGUUUAAAGAGAAGAGAGCUAGAGUCAGCUGUUGUAGGUCUUGAUAAGUACCUGGAGGUUUCUCAAUUUAAGGAUAAGGGUAGAGAAUUGGAUAUGAAGGACAUGACUGAGGCUUUGAAGGCGAAGGAAAAAGAGUCAGAGGAAAUGGUAAAACAGAUAACUACUUUGCAGUCUCAAUUGAAGGGACGCGAUGAGGAGAUUGAGGCAUUAACUCUAAAGGUGGUUGAGCUGGAGAAUGCAUUAAAGGAUGCUAAAAAUUCAAAGGAGCCAAUGGCUUUUGAGAUGUUUGGGAAAGGGUUUGAUCGUGCUAUAAGUCAAAUUAAGGCUCUUGUGCCGGAGGCUAACGUGGUUGAUAUGGAUGUAUCCAAGAUUGUGGUAAAUGGAGUAUUAGUGGAUGCUGACAUCCCGGAGGAAGGUUGUGAUGUCAAAGAGAAUGAAUGAAUGAUAUCAAAGUGGGUGCCAUUCUUACCUAUUUAGAUACCCAUUUAAAUGCUGCUUCUGUCGAACUAGAACAAUUAAAGAAAAAAAAAAGGAGGCUAUCCUAAAAGAACUUGUUGAGAUCGAACAGAAUGAAAAUCUCCUUCAAGGUUAAAAACUUAAACACAGGAAACAACUGCUUGACAAAGAAGUUCUAUCUUUGUCAAAAGAAAAAAUUAAUCUUGAACCUCGAACCAGACAACUUCAUGCUGUAGAGUUUACCAUUAACAAGGCAGAGGAGUCCUUCAGAGAAUUCAAAGUGUGCCCAAGUUUCCCACAGUUCAUAGAUCAUAAGCUAAGAUCACAUUAGCUUUAAGGGCAGAUUAUAUAUCCUCCAAUUCCAAAGGAUAUGUAGAAAUCAUGAUGCAUCAAGGUUUUAGGGGAGGGGUUCUAAAUUUAUUGUUUGGAUUGUUUACAAAACAAAUCUAGGACUAGUUGAAUUAGGGGAUUCUACUGUCAUGAGUGGUUUGGAAGAUGCAAUGGAUUUUUGGGAAGUAGGACUAAUCUACAUCAAACCCUCUUUUAGGUAUGCAUUGCAUUGUAUGAUAUUAUAUAUGGACAGAAUUUUCAGAUAGUAGAAUUUAUA